ACCGGCCUGGCUUGGGCUCAACAGAAGCAGGGAAGAAGCGCCGCGCGCCCGUGUUUGGAGAAAAGCUUAUACACUCACUGUGGCGCAUUCCCCCCUUCCCCCAAAAGAAAAACUCGACACGUUGACUUUUAUCCUGGCGUGGUGAUUUUUACACGGAAGUAAACGGCGUUAUUUUCCCUCACAUCUUCUGCGGUACUUGUGGAAGCUAACGGCGGCUACUGGCAAGGCACAAUGGACGUUAGCGAUGGAGGCUAACCGUAACUAGCUCACUACCACACAAACCGGCGAAGGGCGACUAAGUACCCCUAUGGACACCGCGUUGAAGCUCCCUUGACUUGCUCCGCUGCACGCGGUCUCCACCCCAACCCUUCGGCGGCGGUGGGGCUCUCGACGCCGCCUGACAAGUGUUUUUUUUCGGGGCUGAGACGCCAGGAUGGUGGCGGUGGCUGUGGUAGCUAACUUCGAGGCAAACAGUCCGAGUCAAGUGAGACCAUCUGUGUCUUUUUAUGUUUUGUUCAUGUAAAGCCCAGAGGGAAGGCGCUAAUAUUCCUCCUGACAUUGGCCGGGGGAUUAUUUUUUUAAUUGGAUUCCGGCCUGCUGGUUCGAGAGCGAAGCAACCCCCUGUAACCAUCCACCAUCCAUCCGCCUAACCACGCUUCGCCCUCCGAUGCGGAGCCUCCAGUGACACCCACCCGAGGGACCCUCUCCCUCCCUCCCCGACAUGCUCAAGUGUAUCCCGCUGUGGCGAUGCAACCGCCACGUCGAGUCGGUGGACAAGCGGCACUGCAAUCUGCAGGCGGUCCCCGACGAGGUCUUCCGAUACAGCCGCAGUCUGGAAGAGCUUCUGCUGGACGCCAACCAACUCAAGGAGCUGCCCAAGCCUUUCUUCAGACUACUGAACCUCCGGAAGCUGGGCCUGAGCGACAAUGAGAUCCAGAGGCUGCCCCCCGAAGUGGCCAACUUCAUGCAGCUGGUGGAGCUGGACAUAUCCAGAAAUGACAUUCCCGAGAUCCCCGAGAGCAUUAAGUUUUGCCGGUCUUUGGAGAUCGCCGACUUCAGUGGAAACCCCCUCUCCAGAUUGCCGGAUGGUUUCACUCAGCUGCGAGCGCUGGCUCACUUGGCGCUCAACGAGGUGUCGUUGCAGACUCUGCCCGGCGACAUCGGAAAUCUGGCCAACCUGGUGACGCUGGAGCUGAGGGAGAACCUGCUCAAGUGUCUGCCCACGUCGCUGUCCUUCCUGGUGAAACUGGAACAGCUGGACCUGGGCAGCAACGAACUGGAAGUGUUGCCGGACACACUCGGCGCACUGCCCAACCUGAGGGAGCUUUGGCUGGACCGCAACCAGUUGUCCUCCUUACCAUCGGAGCUGGGGAACCUCCGGAGACUGGUGUGUCUGGACGUGUCGGAGAAUCGCCUGGAGGAGCUUCCCUCCGAGCUGGACGGCCUCCUGGCCCUCACCGACCUGCUGCUCACACAGAACCUGCUGGAGGUGGUUCCGGACAGCAUAGGUUGUCUGAAGCAACUGUCCAUCCUCAAGGUGGACCAAAACAGACUUACUCACCUGACGGACUCCAUUGGAGAGUGUGAAAACCUGACGGAGCUCGUCCUGACCGAGAACCUCCUCCAGACGCUUCCUCGCUCGCUGGGCAAGCUGAAGAAGCUGACCAACUUGAAUGUGGACCGCAACCGCCUGGGCGCCGUGCCCAAGGAGCUGGGCGGCUGCGCCAGCCUCAACGUGCUCUCGCUGCGCGACAACCGCCUGGGCAAGCUACCCGCUGAGCUCGCCGACGCCACAGAGCUGCACGUGCUGGAUGUGGCUGGGAACAGAUUACAAAAUCUGCCUUUUGCCUUGACAAACCUCAAUUUGAAGGCCAUGUGGCUGGCAGAGAACCAGUCGCAGCCCAUGCUCAAGUUCCAAACCGAGGAUGACGAGCGCACGGGGGAGAAAGUGUUGACCUGCUACCUGCUGCCUCAGCAGCCUUCCCCCAGCCUUGAGAACCUGCUGCAGAACAGCGUGGACGACAGCUGGACGGACAGCAACCUGAACAGAGUCUCGGUCAUUCAGUUCCAGGAAGAGACCAAGACCGAGGACGAGGACGACGAGGCUGCCGCCGAGCGCAGGGGCCUUCAGCGUCGAGCCACACCUCAUCCCAGCGAGCUAAAGGUGAUGAAAAAGGGGAUCGAGGACAGGCGGAACGAAGCGUUCGCGCCCAGGCCCGAAAGAGAAGAUCAGCCCUCCGAUGCGCAGGAGAAACGGCUCAGCGACCUCUCGAACCAGAGCCACGACUCGCAGGUGUCCGACAGCACGCUGUCAGCCAUCUCCCACGAGGAGCGGCGAGAGGUCGCCUUGCCCUCCCAGAGAGAGGACCUUGUGGACGGGCACUCCCGCCACGAGGAGGAGGACCUGGAUGAGAUGGAGGUGGAGUACAUUGAGCCCACCGUACACUUUGCCGAGGAGCCCAUCAUCCGCGGCGGGGACGAGGACGACGGCGAGGAAGACGGCGAGCGGAGCGACGAGGAAGAUGACAUGGCCCCCUUCCCCGCCGAGAAGCAGCGUCUCAUCCGGAAGGACACGCCGCACUACAAGAAGCACUUCAAGAUCACCAAGUUGCCCCAACCCGAGACGGUGGCGGCCCUCCUGCAGGGCUUCAACCCCGACGGGCUCGGCUCGCCCGCGCGGGCCGCCGAGGACGAGCGGGACGGGCACGAGGAGGACGAGGAAGACGAGGGCGUCGGUACCCCUCGACUACGUCUCAGGGUGGAGGCGUCGGAGCUGGAAGACAGCCGAUACCACGUCAACUCCAGUCAAGUCAAGGGGGUGUCAUUUGAUCAAGUCAAUAAUCUGCUGAUUGAACCUGCUCGAAUUGAGGAGGAAGAGCACACCUUAACCAUCCUGCGCCAAACGGGCGGCCUCGGCAUCAGCAUUGCCGGCGGGAAAGGGUCCACGCCGUACAAGGGGGACGACGAGGGUAUCUUCAUCUCCAGAGUUUCUGAGGAAGGACCUGCAGCCAGAGCAGGAGUGAAAGUAGGAGACAAGCUGCUGGAGGUGAACGGCGUGGACCUCCACAAGGCUGAGCACCACGCGGCCGUGGAGGCCCUGCGCAGUUCCGGGGCCGCCGUCUCCAUGACGGUGCUGCGCGAGCGCAUGGUGGAGCCGGAAAACGCCAUCACCACCACGCCGCUCAGGCCCGAGGACGACUACUUCCCACGGGAGAGGCGCAGCAGCAGCGGGCUGGCCUUCAGCUUGGAGGGCGGUCACGGCCAGGGUGCCGGGUUAGGACCCCUGCAGCGCCUCUCCACCUGCUUGGUGCGCAACGACAGGGGGCUGGGCUUCAGCAUCGCCGGAGGAAAGGGAUCCACGCCGUACCGCACUGGGGACACGGGGAUCUACAUCUCUCGGAUUGCAGAGGGGGGAGCAGCCCACCGAGACGGCACGCUACGCGUAGGCGACCGGGUCAUCUCUAUCAAUGGUGUAGACAUGACAGAGGCCAGACAUGACCAGGCAGUAGCGCUCCUUACCGGCACCUCGCCCACUAUCGCCCUACUGGUUGAGCGAGACCCCAACGCCCCGCGCUCCCCGGGCCUCUCCCGGCAGCGGGCCCACUCCCCGCCGCCACCGGAGCCCUCGGACUCUCCGGACCAGGACGAAGAGGGCCUGCAGGGGAACCACCUGGGCCGAAUGGAGGAUGAAUACCCCAUUGAGUUCCAGAGAGGAUGGUGCAUGGAAGUGACGCUGGUCAAGUCAGGCGGUCCCCUCGGCCUGAGCAUCGUGGGGGGCAGCGACCACGCCAGCCACCCCUUCGGCAUCAACGAACCCGGGGUGUUCAUCUCAAAGGUGAUCCCUCACGGUUUGGCGUGUGAAAGCGGCUUGCGUGUGGGUGACCGGAUCCUGGAGGUGAACGCCAUCGACCUGCGCCACGCUACGCACCAGGAGGCCGUGCGGGCGCUGUUGGUCAACAAACAGGAGAUCCGGAUGCUGGUGCGCAGAGAUCCCUCGCCGCCCGGGAUGCAGGAAAUUGUGAUCCACAAGCAGCCAGGGGAGAAACUGGGAAUCAGUAUACGUGGAGGAGCUAAAGGCCACGUAGGAAAUCCUUUUGACUCGACUGAUGAGGGCAUCUUCAUAUCCAAGGUGAGCUCAAGUGGCGCGGCCGCCCGGGACAGCCGGUUGCAGGUGGGCAUGCGCAUCCUGGAGGUGAACAACCACAGCUUGCUUGGCAUGACGCACACAGAGGCCGUGCGAGUGUUGCGGGCCGUGGGCGACUCCCUGGUCAUGCUGGUGUGCGACGGCUUCGACCCGCGCAAAGUGCCCACUGCGGAGGCGAGUCCCAACAAGGAGCCUUAUGCGUCUCCUGGCAUCAUCGCCAACCCUUUUGCAUCAGGCAUCGUUCGUAAAAACAGUAUGGAGAGUAUCUCUUCUAUAGAUAGAGACCUGAGCCCAGAAGAGAUGGACAUCAUGCAAAAGGAGUCUGAGAUGGUGAGGGAGACGUCCCAGUGGGAGAAGGAAGAGAUGGAGAAAAUGGAGCGUAUGCGCUUGGAACGAGAGGAGGCAACUCGCCUGCUAGAAGAGGAGACCGAGAACAUCGGCAGUGGACCUUUAAAGCUGGACUACAAAACCUUGGCAGCGUUGCCCACCACCAGCCUGCAGAAGAUCAAUAGGACCCCAUCAUCUGAUUACACCAGCACCGAGAGUCCAAUCAGAGAAGCCCCCUACUCUCCGACAAUCCAGCCGCCCAGCCACCAGUCUUCCGAUAGCUCCCUGUGUUCCGGCAGGGAGACCCGCUUCGCAAGCAUUCAUUUCACCUCCACCCCCAACACCAGGGACCACACUUCAUCCUCUACCCGACCGGGCGCCAUCCUCCCCGUCGGGCGCAUGCGACCGAGCACCUCCCCGGCCGCUCCGGACGGCCUCAGCCCUAGCCCCUUCCAGCAUGGCCCCUCUCCCUUCAACUCUCAGACCUCUGACAUGGUGUAUGGUGUGAGGAACAAUUUCCAUGCCAAGCAGCCUUCUCCAGAGCCCGAGUUGAACAACGAGGUGUUUGACGACGGCGCGGACGGUCAGGAGGGGGCCGGCGGAGCUGCGGCCGUCAAGGUCGCGGCCCGCUCCGCCCUCUCGCCUGACCGUUUGGAGUACAUGAAUCUGGCGGCCGUGCCUCGUCUCUCCAGGCCGUCCCUGGACACGCAGAGUCCGUCGCCCGGUGGCAAGGACAGCCCGGAGCAGCGCUCCUUCCGGGAUCGGCAGAAAUACUUUGAGAUCGACGUGAAGCAGCAGACGCCCGACAAGCCCAAGCCUCGCGUCUCGCUGGUCGGCGAGGACGACCUCAAGAAGAUGAGGGAGGAGGAAGAGCGUAAAUUUGAGCAGAGAGCGCGGGAGUACCUGCUGGACGAAGAGGAGGAGGAUGACGAGGAGGACCUGGCCAAGCACGUGGCGCAGAUGAAGGUGACUGGCAAGGUGCUGCUGGACGGAGUGGAGUACGACGUGGAGCCCGUGUCCGUGCCGUCGCAGCCGUGCGCCACGCCGCCCGGCUACUGCGGGAGUUCAGGGCCCUCGUCAGUGGACGGUAAAGGAGACACACCGAGGAAUUCGUUGGACGACAGCUUCAGACUGGAGCAGCGGCCCAACUCCAUGACUGGUUUGAUCCCCGUGUACGCCGGUGACUCCGCGGCUCCCAUUCGCACGGCCAAAGCCGAGCGGCGACACCAGGAGAGGCUCCGCAUGCAGAGUCCGGAGCUGGCCGUGGCCCCGGACAAGGACCUCUCCCCCGCCGAGAAGCGAGCCCUGGAGGCCGAGAAGAGAGCCAUGUGGAGAGCGGCACGGAUGAAGUCUCUGGAACAGGACGCGCUCAAAGCCCAGAUGGUCAUCGCCAAGUCUCGGGACGGGAAAAAGCGCGGCACCCUGGACCAGCUGGCGGAGUCGCCCUCGCCCGCGCCCACACCCUCGCCCACCCCGAUGGAAGAGCUCAUCAGUCCUCGAGGACUAACCUCCCCGGGCAGACUGUCCCUGUCAUCAAAGAGUCUCCUGACGCGGUGGACGACGUGCAGUUCACCGACGACGGCUCGCAGCAUCCGGGUCGCGCCACCGGCCCGGAGGCCGAGGACCCCGUGCCCGCUACCUCGGCCCUCGAGGAGAUGGCGCUGUACAGCAACAAGCGCAAGCUGCGACAAGGGCGCCGCAGUUUGGAGACCGCCGUGCCCACGUAACAUCUCACAUAAACACGACACAAGAAGAAGAGUCCAUUUUAAAGAGACCAGGAAAGCGCUCCUUCAUAUCCAGCCUUGCCUUCAGUCGCCAUCGAGACCGCGCUUCCUCCCGCCCGGCUAACAUUUUUACGUUAAUGUCUUUAGCUUUUUUUUAAAAUUCUUUUUAUUAAUUAUUGUUUUUGUUUUUGUUUUUUUUUAAACCUCCCAAAGACAAAAAUAGAAGUCCUAGCUAUAACGUGGGGAAAAUAUUUGACUAGAUUGUAAAAUUUUGUUUUUGGAAUGUAAAUAAUAGUGAGACGACAUCCUGCUACCUUCACACACAAACGCACAAUGCCGAGAGCUUUAUAAAAAUAAAAACAUAUCAUGCAUCAUUGUUGCACUGCCACGCAGAUUUUUUAAACAAUUUAUUGUUUUUAAUCAUUUUACAUCCAAAUUAGUUUUUUUCUUUUGGCAAUAUAAUGUGUGCAUAUCCACACUACUCACUAAAAGUCAGGGAUAUUGGACUUUUGGGUAAAAUCUCAAGAUGAACCUAAUGAACUAUAACCGUGGUUCUCAAACGUUUUACCAAAUACCAUCUAAAAAAAAAAAAAAAAACUUAGCUCUCCAAGUGCCACCAUGAUGUAUUUUUUUUAUUAAAAAAAAAAAUGUAAAUAGAUUAAAUCUGCAGGUGCCAAACCACAAAUACGAGGGGGUCCACUGGACAUCACUGCUGUCGCGCGGAAUCCUCGCAUCACCAAAAUCAUUUUUCAGGAAAUAGAAAAAGCUGUAUUUUUUGGUUGUUAUUAACAUUGUAUCGUUAAAGAGAGCAGGCUAUUUUCAACACUUUAUAGAUUGGUUGAUAAUUUGUAAACAGACCCACCGACCAAUAGAAUGGAUUUGUGAAAAACUAUGAAAUUUAGUGAAUUUGGAGAGCGACAACAUUUAAUAUUUUAAUCCACUGUCACAGUAUGGAGUUUGAAGAUUAACAUUCCGCUAAAAUAUACUGGAAAAAAUACUUCGAUAUAAUGAUUACAUUUAAAUGUAUUGCACAGGAAAAAGUUAUACAAUUUUAUCUAAAAAAAGAAAAAAAGAUCAAAUGCAAAUUUGUUGUUAAAAGUUAAAUACACCUGAAUUAUACUUAGGCAGUGAUUCUGUCACACCACUAGAGGGAACCAUACUUUUGAGAAUCCCCGCACCGAAUUUAAUUUGUUUUUUAUCGUUAAACUUUUGAAUGUCCAACUGAAAGCCAUAGAAAUGAACCUCCGUAGAAACUUUGAUGGCUCAAACACCAGUUGUGAAUUUUAGCAACCUAAAGCCCAAUAUCCCGAACUUUUUGUGGUCAUAUGGGAGACACGAGAAGUAAGAUGUAUUUUACACACGAAUGGUACUUGCCCUCCUUUGAGAGAAAUUCUUUUGAAUGUUCUAAUCAUCAUUGAAGUUGUGUUCCGGCGUGAUGUGAAGGUAGCGGAUGCUUUAUUUUUCUGCCCGACGGGGCUAAUUUAAUAAUCUGACGACACUGAGAGGUCAUUUUUCUUAUCAUGGUGUGAAUAAUGUACAAAUAUGAACGUGAGCGAGCUAGUGAAAACUGAGCCAAUGUGUUGACCAAGCGAGCGUCUGGGUUUGGACAGCACGUGUCACUUUUUUUUUUUUUUUUUUUAUCCCCCUCCAUUUUAAUACGAGCGGUUCAAUUAUCAAAUUGAAAACCUCUCCGAAUAUCAUAUCAGCUUCUGUAUCUGACAUUUUGAAUAAUCACACUAUAGCUCAAUUUAACAUUUUAGGUGUUCUAAUUCUAGUGGUUCAAGUCACGUUCAAGUUUGCUCAUAGCUCUUAUUGCUGUUUACCAUAGUUUGUUUUAGUUGUUUUUUUUUCAGGUGGGUAAAAAGUUUUUGUUUUUUGCAUAUUUUCUAACGUAUUUCAGUUUACUGGCUAACAAACGUGUUAGUUCGUCCCGUUUGAACUUCCGUAGUCGGAGUGAAACUACUAGAGAAAAUGAAUUUAAUUCAAAUGUCACAUGUUGUAGAGUUCAUAACAUUUAUGUAUUGUACAUCCAUUUCAUUUGUUUACCUGGGAGAAAGAAGACUGGUCUCUUGUCUGUCCAGACCCAGCUGACAGGUUCCAUUGCACGGCGCUGAAAGAUGUAACAAGAAUCUAAAGUGCUCUCUGUGAUUCCUCUCUGUAAAGACACACAAAUCAUUGGUUUAAUUUUUAUAAAUAAACGUUGGAAAGUCAUGAACA